AUGUCGGUUGUCAUCGAAACUACGAUAGGCGACAUCACGGUGGAUCUGUUCCUGAAGGAACGUCCGCUGGCCGCAUUAAAUUUUCUGAAGCUGUGCAAGCUGAAGUACUACAAUUUCAACCUGUUCCAUACGAUCCAGUCGGAGUUUAUUGCACAAACCGGUGAUCCGUCCGGUGUCGGUGAUGGUGGCAUGUCGAUCUGGGGCAUCCUCGAGGGAGAACACAAGCGCUACUUUGAGGGCGAAACUGUGCCAAAGAUAAAACAUUCCGAGCCGGGACUGCUGUCGAUGGUAAACGCAGGCGAGCAUUUGAUUGGGUCGCAGUUUUUCUUCACCCUUGGAGCUGAUCUGACUUCGCUCGAUGGUCGCCAUACCGUGAUUGGGGAAGUAACGGAGGGCCACGAGGUGCUGCGGAAGUUAAAUGAAGUCAUUUGCGAUGAGAGACACAGACCGUACAAGGAUGUGCGUAUCACGCACACCGUUGUGCUGGACGAUCCGUUCGACGAUCCGCGUGGUUUCCGCGAGCCGAGCCGCUCUCCUUCCCCAUCGGCAGAGCGUUUGCAAGGAGGGCGCAUUGCGGCGGACGAGGAAAUCGACGAUCUGGGAGGAAAAACGGAGCAAGAGAUCGCGGAAAUGAUUGCCGAGCGGGAGGCGAAAGCGAGGGCCACGAUUCUAGAAAUUGUUGGUGACAUACCGGAUGCGGACAUUGCACCACCGGAGAAUGUACUGUUUGUGUGUAAGCUGAAUCCGGUCACGACGGACGACGAUUUGCAGAUCAUUUUUAGUCGGUUCGGAAUGAUCAAGGGAUGUGAGGUGAUCCGCGACAAGCUGACCGGAGACUCACUGCAGUACGCGUUCAUCGAGUUCGAAAACCAAAAGUCUUGCGAGGAUGCGUAUUUUAAGAUGGACAAUGUGCUAAUUGAUGAUCGGCGCAUUCACGUUGACUUUUCGCAGUCCGUCUCGAAGGUUAAGUGGCGCGGCAAGGGACGCGGCAUAGAGUUUCAAGAUGGAGCCGAUAAGCGAUCAUUUAAAGAUUUUGACCGAAAGAAGCAGCAAUCAAAUCGCAACGGAGGCUCUAGAAUGGAGCGGCAGAAUGUUUCACCGAAAAGAGGGCGCGAACAAGAAAAGCAGAGGAAUCGGUCGGAAUCUAGAUCUCGCUCGAGAUCCGCUUCACGGUCAAGGCCUAUCAAAGCUGACCGGAGUCGACAACGCAGCCGUUCGCGUGAUCGUGUGCAAAACCGGGAUCGCGAUACGAACCGUUCUGCAGGGCGCAACGUACAAGAGAGUGGUAAUCGCGCACGAAAGCCGAAAUUGACUGAACGUAAUUCAGCCUAUCUGGAGCAGCGAAAUGGACGGGAUAUUCGCAUUAAUCAAGGCAAGGUGGAUUAUAAGAAUCGUCCCUAUCCCAACAGUUUCGUACAACGGAAGGGUCCUCGCGAUAAGAAUGCAAAACGUGGUGGCAACUCGGGUCCUCGAGGCUCCAGUGGGAAGCGUCUCGAACCACCACGACGUCGUUCUAGAUCUCGUUCGCGAGAUCGUCGCAUGAGACGUUCACGUAGUGGAUCUCGUUCGAGGGAUCGCCGCAACAGCUCCGAUCGAUAUAGAAGUUACCGAUCAAACUCACGCGAUGCAAAAGGACGUCGACAAAAUGAUGCAGAGCGUGUUGUAAGUCGCCAACCAACAAGCCAGCAGCGGGCCAGUACGGAUUUGCGCAGAACUACCGAUACAAAAUCUGGCACCAUCUCGUCCGAUCGAGAUCAGCAACGUGAACCGAAACCAUCCAAACGGCGGUCGUCAAGCUCCGGUUCAUCGAGUCCCCCACCCAGGGAGAAAAGGAAGAGAGGCUCUUCUCGUUCAUCCCGAUCGGAUAGUUCGUCCUCGUCAAGUUCGCACAGUGAGUCGGAUGAACGAUCGAAAAAGCGGAAGAAGAAAUCUUCGAAAAAGAAAUCGAAGAGCAGCAGCAAGUCGGAUCGGAAGCGGAAGGAUUCUGUUUCCUCUGAAGACGGCAAGCAUCGGAAGAAGUCAAAGGGAAAGAAGAAGAAACGGAAGCAUUAG